CGUCAUUCGGUCCAACGGACCACACCACGCUCCGCUGAGAGUGCGAGUGCGACGACGCCACCACCCCAACGCCAUGUCGCUCCGCCGCCUCCUACCCCGCUCCCUCUCCGGCCGCCUCCGCCGCUCCCUCUCCACCGCCGUCGCAGUCCCAGGCCGCUCCCUCCCCACCGCCGACCUCUCCGCCCGCCUCCGCCGCUCCCUCUCCACCUCCUCCGCCGCCGCCACGCACCCGCCAUGGGCAAUCAUCCACGACACAUCGGAGGUCGACAGGUCGUCCUCGGCCCCGGGCGCGCGCUUCCGCCCCGUGGAUCCUCCGGGCAUUUCCCACAUCUUCGCCCCAGCGCACCUCAUCGAUCCCACGGAACGCCCAACCGCAGGCAGCAGCGACGUCCUCCGAUACCUCGGCGGCAACCUCGUCCAGCUCCUCUUCGGCAGCGUCGGCGCCGCCAGCGACGACGUCCACCUCCUGCUCAGCUACCACGACCUCCGGGCGGAGGGCCCUUGCACCCCCUGGGACCUGGCCGGGAGCCCCGAAGUCCAGCGCUUCGUCUGCAACCCCCUCACCGGCCAGAUGCUCCGCCUGCCGGACAUCGCCGGCUCCAGGAGGGCCUUCGCCGUCCACCACAUGGGCCUCCUCACCCAGGCAGACGGAGGGCUCGGGUGCGGCCCGCCCGACAGGUUCGCCGUCGCCGAGUUCGUCCACAACGGCGCCGCCGUCGUGCGGUUUCUCUCCGAGGAAGGAAAGUGGAAGGUGGUACGGCCCAUCCAUGGCAAUCCAUCGCUCCUGCGCCCGAUGCGGAUGAACCAGGAGACGGUUGCCUUCGGCGGCCGCCUGUGGUGGGUCGACCUCACCUUGGGUGCCGUCUCCGUCGACCCGUUCGCCGACCGGCCGGAGAUCCGCUUCGUCGAGCUGCCGAGCGGCAGCGUGCUGCCCGCGCCUGCUCCUGUGGACGAAACGGAUCCCAGCAAGGUCGGCGAACGGACGCAGUUGAUUCUGGAUGUGGCCAAUCGCCGGCGCAUCGGGGUUUGCGAGGGGAGGCUGCGCUACGCCGAGGUAUCUCCUCGUGAACCGUUCCUUCUCAGCUCUUACGCGCUCGACGACGAGGAGGGCAGCGGCUGGAAGCUGGAGCAGCAGGUGGCGCUCAGGCAGGUGUUGGCGGACGGCGGCUACCCGUGGCAGGAGAACUCGGGACAGGCGGGGCCGCAGAUCGCUGUGCUUGACCCGCUCAACGCCAGUGCCAUUUACCUCAAGGUCGGCGAGGGCGUCCUUGUCGUGGACAUCCACAAUGGGAAGGUGAUCGGGGCGGCCACUCCGGUUGGCGGCGAGUACAUUUCUCUCAUGCCAUGCGUGCUUCCACCGUGGCUUGGAUCAAGCCGGAUCCCCACGGCAGGCAAAGAUGUCUUGAAAUCGACAGAUGAUUUGGUUUAGUUUCAUAUAGAAGUAGCGCAUGGGUAUGAAUUUGGCAGCCAGCUUAUGCAUCUGGGUUCCUCUAAGUAAUGGAUGCAGGGGUUGCGCUAUAUUAGGAAGCUAUAUGGCAGUAGUUUGUCGAACUCUCAUUUUAGAGGAAAUCUGGAUAAGUUUGGAUCUAUUCUAGUUGUUUAUUUAUGAAUUAUCUGGUUUAGAGGGAAAUCUAGCUGUAGUUUCAGCCCUCAGAUUAGGAGAUUCGAAGUAUCAUUUUGGAGGAA